GUACACAAUAAUUAUUAAUAAUUUAACAACAAACAAACACAAACGAAAAUACAUUUGUAUAUAUUUUCAUCUUAAAAUCUUUUUUAUUUGCUUAGAUUGUGAAAGGGGGAAGAGAGAAAAAAACCUUCAUUUAAAACCUUCCUCAGUCAACUUGGCGCUUACUUAGUAGAUAAGAGGCCUUUACACACCACACAGACAGAGGAACAUAUAUAUAUAUUUAUACAUAUACACACACAAGCACAUGCAGGCAGAAAACAUACACACUGACAAUUUCAUACACACACACACGUAUAUAUACACCACCCGCAUGUGCACGUUUUCACACUUUCACACAUGGUAGGGAAGACAAGCAGAAGUGAUGUUUUGACCUGACAUAAAUACUACUACAAGCCAAAAACACACCGUUUAAUAUCAUCAAUAAUAAACCCCACAGCCUUUUCCCUGUGAAUGUGUCUAAUUAAAACUUGUGUUUACAUAAUUAUCUAAUCUCCCCUAUCACCUCCAACUGUCUUGAUCACUUUUGAUUUUUAAUUAAUUUUUCAGUUAUAUUUAAGGUCCCCCCUCUUCUGUAUUUACACAGGUUAAACUGUAUGUGUAAUAAUAUAAAUAUAUAUAUGUGUGCGUUUUUAGAUAGAUAUUCGUUUUUCUCCCUUUAAAUAGAUAAUUGAACAAUUGUUUUCUUGUUCGGAGGCAUUCACUUCACAUACAUACCCGAAACACGCAUAUAUAUAUGUAUAAAAUAUAUUUAAGCAUUACAGAGAGGACGUCCAAAUUUAUAUACACAAAACAAAAUAAGGCUGUACAUUACUAAGCAAUAUAUAUACGCAUUGUGUAUGUGUGUGGGUAUAUAUAUAUAUAUAUAUAUAUAUAUAUACACACAUUAUCUAAAUCUACAACCGUACACAUGUGUACUCCUCUGCUCUUCCCUGCCCACUCUAUAUAUACUCCUUACUAUCAAAAGAGACAGACAGACAGACACCCGGCCAAAACAGUCUAUAUAUAACUGCUCUGACACAGGAUAUAACGGGUGGUGUAAUACUCUAGGACACCUUUGAUAAACAACCGUUUUGUCCCUUGAAAAUUCUUACAACAGAUAGUUUUUUUUUUUCCUUAUAUAUAUAUAUAUUUCCCCCCGCUUCUGUCUGAUUAAUUGAGGGAGAACAUUAAGUUUAUAAACUCUUUUUAUUUUUGUUGUUAUUAUUUAUAUAUAACACUCAAUAAGGAGAACAAAAAAAAAUGAGUGUUUGCAUGUUAUGCACAAUAUGCAUGUAUAUUAGUUUUCCUUGACGCGAAAUAACCAAAUUCACAUUUUUUGACACCCUUUUCUGUGAACUUCAACAUUGUUUUAGCAAAUUCACUAAGGAACAACUACAGACAACAAAAGGUAGCGUGUGAAUACCUAUAUAAUAAUCUCCACCCUUAAAACCGCAGCAGACACUCCUCCGUCUAUACAAUAUAUAUAAUUCGGUGCAUUGAUUGUGAUUAAUUACUUUUUGGAUUUGCUUUUAUUUCUCAUUCUUAAUCCGAAACUUGUCGGCCGCAGAUGUCUGGAGUUACGAAAACCAAAGACAGCGAUAAUGCUGUUCUAAAACAUUCUUUCUUUCUUCAUACUUGUCUUUCGGGUGACAUUCGUCAGCACCCGAAGCGCAGGAACACCCCGGCUCCACUCAAUUUAGUUAACACAGGUGCUGUUCGCGUCGAUACUGAUCAAGAUACACCAACUCUUCAUCGAUCUCUCAACUCACGUGACACUGAAGAAAUGGUUCAGUCUCCUACAUCUCCCACACUCUCUGAUUCCAGCCGAUAUUCAGACAUUAUGGGUGCCGAGUAUCAUCUCACAAAGCGACUUUGCACACAAGCAGCUCACACAAAAUCCAAAGGUAUGGAAUCCAACAUCACACUUUGGCAGUUCCUUCUGGAACUUCUCCUCAGCCACCAGCAUCGCAACAUUAUCCAGUGGACCAACAACGACGGUGAAUUCAAGCUGGUGAACGCCGAGGAAGUUGCCAAACUCUGGGGCUUGCGCAAAAACAAGAACAACAUGAACUAUGACAAGCUCAGCCGGGCCCUUCGCUAUUACUACGACAAGAACAUCAUCAAAAAGGUCAUGGGCCAAAAAUUCGUCUACAAAUUCGUUUCGUUCCCCGAAAUUGAAAAAAUCGAAAGUAAAAUUCCGUUCAAAGUGAAAAUGGAAAGCCUAGCCAUGGAGUAUGGCCAACGGGUCUAUCCGCAUUUCGUUGCACCCACCAAUCUAGAGAACAGAGCUGCUGCAAGUGUUUGGCAUCAUCCUUCUAAUUCUGCUGCUGUCGCCGCUGCUUCGAUGGGGAGCGAACACAGAUCUGGGAUAAAGCUAGAGUCACACGAAAGGGAUUCCAGCAAGUCUCAGUAUUCAGAAAAGAAAGUCGAUUUUCCGUCGCCAUUGUCGUUAUCAUCAACGUCAUCACUUUCGUCAUAUUCAUCGUCUCCGACGUCGUCGACGUCAUCGCCCCUGCUGACACCUACGUCAUCGUUGUCAUCACCGUCGUCGUCGUCUUCUUCGCCGAUGUCAUCGUCAUCGCCUUCUUCUUUGUCCACGUCGUUAUCUUUGUCGUCGUCAUCGUCGGCGGCGGAGGAACGGCGUGAAGCGGCACAUCGCAAGCAGAGCCACAGCCCGUCGUCCUCGUCCUCGGUGUUGACCCCGGCACGACCCAAACCCAUCCCGCUCAACCUGCACGUCGACGCGCCGUCCUCUUCUGCUCUGUCCCCGGGGACGUCACUUCCGAUCCCGAGUCCCACGCUCAAAGUGUCAUCAUCCUAUUCCAACAUCCACACGCCCAUCUUUCUGGCGUCUCCCCUCCUUAGUCAUCGGACACCCUUCCUACAUUUCUGGAGCUCGCUGAGCCCCUUGACGACGUUGAGCCCUCGCUACAAUUCCGCAAGCGCCUUCCAGUUUCCUAGCUAUGCCGGUCCACACAUGCCAUUGACCGUGGGGCUGACCAGUUACAAUAACAUGGACGGUCUCUCCUCCCCCGUACUCGUCUCCUCUCCCACCAGAACUAUCCCAGUGUUAUAACAAUAGACGAACCACCAACAAACACAACUCCCCCCCAUUCGUCCGCAUCCAAACAAAUCACAGACCUUAUUUCCCAGGGACUCUUCAACUUCAGUUUUUCCCUUUCCUUUUCUUUAAAAAAAAAAGAAUAAAUUUCCUUUCCCUCCCUCCCCACACCACUCACAUCACCCCCUUUCUUCCCCUUUAUCCCCCCCCCACUGACUUUUGGUGACAUAAGCGUGACAUUUCAUUUCUGACUAUAUUGUUGUACAUAAAACUUCACUUAAAUUCAAUUUGGCCCUCAACUCCAACAGACAACACACACAUACGCAGAAGCCACAACCUUCUUGUAAAUCUUAUUAUUACACAAUACACAAUUGAUUACCAAACACAUUUGUUCUACAAACUAUUAUUGCACGCAAACAUACACACACACAUAUAUAAGAUGGCUGUCCUCUCGUGUUAGAGAAAGACCGUCACCUGACAACGAAAACCACAAAAAUCAGUCGUGCUGCCUGAUUCGACUGUUGCCCUUGUGAACUACAUAUUGUAAUCACUUUGGAGGGUGGGGGGCUUUCAGAUAACAAUAACCGGCUGCUCAUAUUAUCUGCAAUUGCAAUAAGCGGUUUUCCCCUUGUAUAUACGUACGAACACAAAAAUUACGUAUGGUUUUGUGAGAAGAUGUCGAACAAUUUACUCUGAAAGCUGGGAGACAAAAA